AUUCAUCGCAAGAACUACACACUCAGACCGAAAUAGCAGAAGAUGGCCAACCAGUUUAUCAAGCGAACACAACUACUCAGAACAAUCACCAUCAACCACCAACCAAACAUAUCAACCCACCUCAACCGACUCACUCAGCCAUCAUCUGUUUAUUACCAGCAGACUGCCACCAUCACUCCAUCUUCAUCAUCCUCAAUAGCAACAACCACAGCCAGUCAACCAUCACCAGAUCAAACACAACGGAUCAUUCAUCAGCAUCAGCCACCACGAACACUCUCAGAACUAAGAACAGCCUCAGAACCACGAUCAGCCUCAGAACCACGAUCACUCUCUGAGGACGAAAUCACCACUUUCUAUCAGGCCCUAGUCUCAUCCCCUCAACCACUCAAUCCAACCCAACCAUCAACUAGGCCUGAACUGACACUCAAACCAGAAGAUCUCAACAUCCUACUCGAACUUGAAAAUCCAGCCAACUUGGGAUCAGAACGAAGGAAGCAUCUCAUCCGCAAUCUAUCUCCCAUCCAAUCAUCAAAACUCUCAAUCCCCGAACGUCGUCUUCAAUCGGUCUCGAUCAGCAUUCUAAAGAAAGAGAGGCCCUGGUAUGCUCUCCUUCAAUCUGCUGCAAUUGAUGAAGAUGUCGAGGAUUUGAAAGUGAUCUUGAAGUCCCUCAAGGGUUUUGGGCAUGACCAGACUUUGCUGUUUGGGCAUACCUUGUCUCUCAUCCAAUCCGCCCAAAACCCCGAUGAGGCCGACAGGAUGAGGUAUGCAUUACUUGAGGCGGGAGAUCAACUGGGCCUUUCGCCCUCAUCAGCUAUUCACCACCUCGAAGUUCAUCGGAUACUUCAGUCAACAACCACCGAACCGGCAACUGCCUUCCAGAAGGCAGACAAUUAUGUCCGGCGACUGGAGAAAGCCGGGGAUCCGCCUAGCCCCGAGGUUUAUCUACAGCUGUUUGAUUUUAUUAAUCAUGUUUCUAUGAAGCGAGUUAACUCGAUCGACCUGUUCAAUCGAUCGAGACUUCUGGCCCAUCCUAAUCCACCGAUCUCGAUUUGGAACGCCCUUCUGCGGGCAUUAGCUACUGGCGCAAGCACUCAACCCGAGAGGGCCAUGGACGCAUUCUUGGAUCUUAAAGCAAGUGGCCAGACUCCGACAGUAGAAACAUAUAAUCAUUUGAUCCGCUCGAUGAUUCGUGCCAGACGGUCUGCCAUUGGGACUUUCGAUCGUAAGACCGGCUAUGAAAAAUGGUACUACAGCGCCCUAAGACUGUUGAAGCAAAUGAUCGACGAUGAUGGUCUGAGGCCGAAUAUGGGCACUUUCUUGGUUCUCUUGGAAGGUGCUAAGCGAGUGGGCGAUUUGGAAAGAGCCAAGUGGACUUACGGCUUGUUUCUGCAACAGCUCGAACACGAGAGGCAUAACCCGUUGGUCAACCUCCAGGAGUUUGCCUGGAUGCACGUCUCCGCUGCAACCUCCUUAUUCCAGACUUAUGCCUCCUUUUCACCAGCGAACAAGUAUCUGCUCAGCAAUCAAAAAAACAAGAAGAAGAAUAAGACGACGAGUGACGUGGCUUCCCAAGAAGUUAUUCAAUCAUCCUUGAACGAUCCCCAGUUUUUCAAAAACAUUCCUCAAACGACCAACGAUAUCAUUAGAGAGAUCGAGCUGAUUCUCGCCCAAUUCAUCAAUCCAACCCAUCAAACGCAUCUUCGCACUCGUCACCGAGCCGACCAACGACAACUAUCAAUGCUAAUAAGCUCCUACCUCUCCGUAUAUUCUUCCCAUUCCACGAUCGAAGAACUUUACUCGAAAUAUACCACCUACACCCAUCCGAUCAGCGACUUCAAUCACGACCAAUUCGGUGCGGUGCGGAUCAGCUGGACUUAUUUGAUCCUCUUGGAGCGCUGCGAGUUCCUUAGGUCUGCACAGAAAGCCGGCCAAGUCGGUAGGGAAAUCUUCCACGAAUGGGAGGCUAAUCAAACCCCAUUGUCUCAGUUUGAGUUGGUCCAAUCUGUUGAAUCUCGAUUGAUCAGUCAGAUUUGGGCCGCUUGGAUCAGGCUACAAGCUAAGUAUGGGUCCACGGAAGAAUCGAUGAAAGAGUUGGAACGGUUCUACAAAACUUACCCACCCAGGUCGCUCCCGAAACCCAAAGCCCCAAAGGACGAGGAUGGAAGAGAGGAAGAAUCGCGGGCAAUAACAGCAGCUUAUCAUCCUUCAUCCGAUAUCCUCUCGAAAUCCAAUCAUAUCCUCAACCUUCCUUAUCUGAGCUUCCAACACUUGGAAAUCCUGCAUCAUAAGCUGAAAGUUAGCGAGGAUCUUGGGGCCAUUAAUCGGCUCAAAACUAUCGUCAAAAAAUACGAGAAAGCUAGGAGAAGUGCGUAUGAAUUGAACGAGCUCGAGAGAAUCAAUCGGAUCCAGAAAGGAUACUAAAGCCCACAUAUAUAUUACCCCCUACCUUAACCAGCAAAUAUCCCCCUGCUUUUGUUUCAUUUUUUUUUUCUACAUUUUGUGUGUUAUGGAAUUCACACAUUGUCAUGAGUGCAAUCAUCCUGCUAUUGAUGAUUAUGGAUUUGUUGUUACACAGAUGAAAAUUGUCAUGGCAUGGCAUAUUGCAAAGAGCAUGGCCGAGACACGGCCGGCAAAC